UUUCCCCCCAAUUUUUCAGCUUCGUAAAAGACAAGAUUUACUCGGUAUUUUGCUCAAUAUAAUCAGACCUCAACCUGACAGAGUUGUUCACAAAAUAGAUAUGGACCCAAAUGAAAUGGAUUCUUUUGUUCUUAUUUUUGGACAAAAAAAAAGUGUUUUGAGGGCUGUGAAGGAAAUGCAUGAUUUGUCAGUUUAUGUGACAGAAAAGAAAAAUUUUGAGAAAUUACAAUUGCUCCCUUCUUUUUGUGUUUAUGCUGAAGUUGCUGAAAUUGUCCCAGCAAUAAUAGAUUCAACAACCGUUCAUUUUCUCAAGCGUUGUGAAAAAUAUAUAGAAUAUGUCCAUAUUUCUGACCAAUAUUCUGGGGCUAAACAACAAGAUGGACAAAAUUCAUCAAAAUUGCCAGAAACACACCCUACACUUAUUUUUAGCUUUAUUUUAAAUUCGGACAACGAUGAUACUUCGAUGGACGAACUUUUGUUAAAUUUUACCUUUUAUAUUUUGGAAAGGGUCAAGAAUUACCGAUUAAGUAAGGAAGGAAAAAUAAGGGCAGAUAGAAAACGACAAAAUGUCCAAGAAAAUUUUCUUAAAAUGACGCAUCAACAAAGGCAAGAAGCAGCGCAGAUUCGAAGAGAGGAGAAAACAAGAGAACGCAAACAAAAAGUAAUGGAGGAGGAAGACCCGGACAGGCAACGUCGUCUUGAAAAAUUGGAACAAAAGCGUGAUGCUAAAGCAAAACAGCCUAGAAUUAAGCAAUUUAAAAUUAAAUAGAAAGAAAAAAAUAUUUUU